AUGAUUAAGUUGCAAGUGAAAGUUAUUUCUUGGUCUUUUAUAAUUUUAACAGCAUUUUUACGCGUGCCGCAAAUUGAAAGCAUAAAUACCAAUUUCCUAGAGCUCGCAGCCUUCGAGGACUUUUUGCGUUCGGAACACUUGAGCCAGGUCCUGGUGGUUCGCGGCACUGAUGCUGAUGCUGAUGCUGAUGGCGGUGGCGGUGGCGACUGGCACACUGAAUGCCACCAGAAAUUGUUGGCCAACUAUCGUGUGCAAUUUUACCGGCCAGGAAUGUCGGCGAAUUUCGAGGAUCUCAGCUUCCGCGAGUCUCCGCGCCUGGCGGUCCUGGUGCUGAGUUUCGAGCACAUCCUUGUGAGGCGUCGUGUGCUCGAGGUGGCCUCCGAGGCCGGGUACUUUAACAACUCGCUGGCAUGGUUUAUUCUCGGCUCUGGAUGUGAAUCCCUGGCUGACGAGCAGCUGAUUGAGCAGCUCUUGAGUGGCUACAGCAUGGGCAUUGAUGCCGAUAUCACAGUAGCCUUGAGGCGACCAGAUAACACAUCCUGGAAUCUCUAUGAUGUAUACCGAAUCAAUCAGCAAGUUCCAACACCUCUGAUAAUUGAAAAAAAAGGAAAGUGGUCUGCCUCUGGAGGAUACCAAGUCAUGGAGAACUUUAAAAACACCUUGGUAAUUCGGCGGCGCAACUUCCGCAAUAUCACUCUGUUGGGCAGUACAGUGUUGACAGAUAAGCCUCCUGGAUUCGAUAGCAUGGAGUACCUGGCGGACGAUAAGCAGCUCCUGCAACUGGAUGCCAUGCAACGGAAGACCUAUCAGUUGUUUCAACUCGUUGAGCGCAUGUUCAAUCUCAGGCUGGACAUCGUUUUUACGGAUAAGUGGGGCGAGUUGCUGGAGAAUGGCAGCUGGUCGGGAGUGAUGGGUCAAGUGACGAGUCGCGCGGCGGACCUUGCCGUGUGCCCCAUUCGCUUUCUGCUGGACAGACAUCCCUACGUCCAGUACUCGCCGGCCCUGCACAUCGCCUACAUUCACUUUAUCUUUCGGCAUCCACGUCACAGCCACAUCAGUAACAUAUUCUUCGAGCCACUGAGCAACCAGGUGUGGUGGUGUGUCCUGGUUCUGGUCACUGGCAGCACCCUACUGCUUCUGAUGCAUGUGAGGCAGGAACGGGUGCUGUCCCAUGUCGAGAGUCGUUUGUCCUUCGUUUGGUUCACCAUACUGGAAGCCUAUCUGCAGCAGGGCCCUGCCCCCGAAACCUUCCGGCUGUUCUCCACUCGACUGCUGAUCAGCCUUAGUGGCAUAUUCAGUUUUAUUCUGAUGCAGUUCUACGGCGCAUUUAUAGUGGGCUCCCUGCUCACCCAGAGUUUGAGGAGUAUUGUGAGCCUGCAGGCACUGUAUGAUAGCAACCUGGCGAUCGGGAUGGAAAACAUACCAUACAACUAUCACAUCUUCAACUCCAGUAUCCCGCUGGUGAGGGAAGUGUAUGCGAAGAAAAUCUGCAGAGCUGGCGAGCACAAUAUCCUGACCUUGCAGCAGGGAGCCGAAAGGAUCAUCCAAGGACGCUUCGCGUUCCACGCGGAUCUCGAAAGAAUGUACAGGUUGCUCUUGGACCUUCGGAUGGAUGAGGUCGAGUUCUGUGAGCUCCAGGAGAUACAGUUCGACUCGCGGUACGACGCGGCAUCCAUAAUGCCCAGGGGCUCUCCGUGGAGAGAGCACCUGGCCCACGCCCUGCUCCACCUUCGAGCCAGUGGCCUGAAGCAGUACAACGACAGGAAGUGGAUGGUCACUCGGCCCGACUGCAGCCUGGUGAGGGCCUCGCAGACAGAAGUGGACCUGGAGCACUUUGCUCCGGCGCUCUUUGCCCUGGCACUCGCCAUGAUGGCCAGUGCAGUGGUCUUUCUGCUGGAACUCUUUAUGCACUGGCUACCGGACUUUCGCUGGAGGCUGGGGGCCAUGUCCACUUAA